GACGCACGCAGGCUGAAAAGUCUGAGGAGUUGGGACACGUGGCAACCAUUCACGCAAUUUUGGAACUCUCCAAAAUGUUUCUUUCUCCCAUGUCUUCGCCUCAGAUUUACCUCCAGAUAGUGCGCAUAACAUUCUCUUUUCUCUCACGAAGAUCGCAGCAGCUAGAAGGGCCAGGAGGGCAUUGUGCUGAGUAGAAAACUUUCCCAGGAGAUUGAGAUUAGCGAAAUACGCGGCAGCCGGAGAAGAAAAAGGAUAGCGAUGUCGGAUUAUCUCCCGGACGAUGUGGUGGUCGACAUCCUCCAGAGACUCCCCGUGAAAUCCCUACUCCGAUUCAGGUGCGUUUGCCGAUCAUGGAACUCUCUUAUCAAAACCCCUUCCUUCAUCCAUUCCCAUCUCAAUCAAUCGAUUGAAAACCACGACGGCAACCGUUUCCCACAUCCUCCUGUAAUCGUCAGGUACUGUGCUUCUAAACCCAAUGUAGAGCACUACAAAUUGUUCCGUGAUAAUGAAUCAUUCGAGGAGGAUACGGAAUUGGAUUUCUCAAUAGAAAGCUGUCGGCUUAACCAUUUUAGGUUAAUUGGUUCUGAGAACGGUUUGAUGUGCUUUUUAGAACAAGAGCGCUUUAUUCUUUGGAACCCGUCCAUUAGGAAAUUCGUGAAUCUUCCAAAACCUUGCAUUACGCUCAAGACCCACGGCCGCAUUACAUGUAAUCAAGCUUUCGGAUUUGAUCCGCGGACCAACGAUUAUAAAGUGGUGAGAAUUGCAUUUCCUCAUGUAAGCAAUGCGGUGCUGAAGGAAACUCUGGUUGAGGUUUACUCUCUUAGCACAGGCUGCUGGAAAAUUAGUAGUGCAUCUUUUCCGUAUGCGGAUACUCAUAAACAUUCAUUCAAACCCAAAGCUUGCUUAAAUGGCUGUGUCCAUUUUAUCGCACUUGCUGGCCAGAAUAGGACUAGUAAAAUUGUAUUGGCGUUUGAUCUGCGUGAUGAGGUGUUUCGCGAGAUGAUCUUGCCGGAAAAUAUGAUCGGCUCGGAAGCUGAGAUGGUUACUUGUGUAUUUAAGGGAUCUCUUGCUUUGUUAUGUUAUGAUCGUUGGAAGCGUUGUUUGAUAUGGGUGAUGAAGGAGUAUGGUGUGGUUGAUUCUUGGAUGAAACAGUUCACCAUUGAUAUAGCCGGUGGAGUUGAGAAUGUGCUAGGCUUCAGGAAGAAUGGUCAAAUAAUAUUGGAGACCCGAAAACUCGGUUAUUGGGAGCUGUCUUCGUAUGACCCCGAGAGCCAACGAGCUACGAAAUUGGGAAUACAUGGGAGGGCACACUAUUUCUGUUUUGAUACUUACAGGGAGAACCUUGUCUUACUCAACCAAGCAAACGAUGCACUUUCCAGAAGUAGAGUGACCAAGAAGAGGAAAUAUAGGGCGAGCGAGCUCAGCCGCAAGAUGGAGGAGAUUCAAAGAAAGACUAAACAGUUAAAGGAAAAAGUGGAAUAUAAAGUAAGACGGUUUCAAAUGGAAAUGGACUCCCCGCAAAGACAGUUGGGGGAAAACAGGGUAUCUGAAGUGAGAGAGCUAUCUGAAGUCAGAGAGCUUCAGGCAGAACUCAAAGCAAUAGAACAAGAAUUUCAAGAGUUCCAGGAGUUCCAAGAGCAGAUCGUUCGUCGUAGGGCAUAGUUCCACCAUCAUAGGAACAAGGAUACAUUUGUUUCUGACCAUUUUUCAUUUUAGAUGCAUCUUUUUUCUUAUAGAAAUUGAAGUGCACAUUAACUAUAAUGAAUACAAUUUCUCUUAUAAUGA